AUGAGCAGACGCUCCCCAGCUCGGGCUGCAGAGCCCUCCACAGGGAGCCCCUCGGAACGCAUCAGUGCAGCCUAUCUUCGCGGCCGGGAGGCGGCAGCUAUAGUGCGAGGCGAGGCCACUUGCUACAGCUCGGAGGGGGCUUCGGGGCGCAGGGUGUGCUAUAUCGUCUUGUUCUGUGGAAGCAUCAACGAGCCCUUUAUCACCUUUAGCAAGCACGUGUACUUCAAGUACGUCAAGACCGGUCCGGGCGGCACCUGGGAUCCUGAGUCAGUGUCGCAAGGCUUUGCAAGCCAGUCGGAGGCAGAGGCCUUCUGCUACGGGGGACCAAUGACUUCGCAUGGGCUCGACUACCUUGGCUCUUACCACACGGCCGAGGCGGUCGGGGGCUACAGCAAGCUGUGGUUUUCACGCGGCGGGAUUUGCAGCCAGGCCUUCGUGGUGAAGGCCAUUCCUGCGGGUUUCAUUUUAUGCUUGCCCCAGGGCGCCAUCAACGACGAGGAGCUGGAGCAGGCCACCGACGAGCAGUACACCGGGAACCUGGGACCUUGGACCCAGGUCAACAUCAUCGCCGUGGGCACCAUUGGCCGGGAGCUCAAGAAGACAGUCCCAUGCCUCCUUAUCGACAUGCAAGCUGCCGAAGCCCCUUCACUGUCAGUCGAAGCCGACCCGGCCUUGGCGGUGAAAACCUUUGGGGUGGUGAGGCUUCAGUCAGUCUGGCCCUCCCGUGUUCGUACACUAGAGGCUCUGGAGUUUUUCCUCAACGGCGAGGAUGUGGACGACCGGCUCGAGGCCUACUUCACGGCGACUGGUUCCGAGCCGGAGGUUCGCGAAGCACCGGCCGCUCCAACCGCAGGGGCAGACCGGGAGCAGAGCGCUGCCGAGGUGCUGCAUCAGCUGCUUCAGCAAAGCAGCUCCCAAGCCGGGCUGCUGAGUGGCAUCCAGAGGCGGCUGGCCAGCCUGGACGAGAUCGAGAGCCGACUGAGCAGCCUGGAGAACAAGCCGAGCAAACCAGCAGGGAGCUCCUUGGGGCCUCCACCCGUGGAGGGCGCACCAGCUUGGGCUCCCCAGUUGUUCGCCGAGGGCAGCCGGACGAACUUGGGAUCGGAGCAGAUGCAUCACCUUCUUUCUUUGGCGGGGCGGGGGCCGAAACGUUUGGGGGACCUUGGGUCUUCAACUGCGACGGCAGCUCGGGCGCCUUCGGCCACGAGGCUGGGGGCCACACCGAAAGCUCGGACUGCUGCAAGCCCUUUGGGCGACCUCCCCGAAGAGGAAGAAGAGCUGGACGACGCCGAGCCCGAGGAUGGCAUGGCGGCGCGGCAGCUGAUGAUCGAGCAGUUUGCGGCUCAUCCGGAUCGCGUUGUUCUUCAGGUUCGUGCUCGGCUCGCCGCGGCCGGGAGGAAAUCCAUUUCGGAGCUGGAGCCCCGGGACAUGUACUACCACUUCGCCGAGACGGUGCCUCUGGGAACGUACAAGACGCUCACCUACUUCAGCUUCCUCCUGGCCGAGAUGUGGGAGGCAGCGGAGCGGGGGCAGGCGGCCGAGAUGAUUUCGCUACUAGCCCUGGGCCUUGUCUUCGCCGAGCAGGUCGCCAACGAGCAAGGACACACCCGCCUGGGUUGGCUUUUGACGGGGAGGCAAGACCCCCCGUUCGCACAAGUGGAACAACGACGUGCUCCUCGGCCGGAAGUUCCUCAUGGCAUGCUGGCCGACCCUCGGUGGAUUGCAGCCAACCUGGCCUACUUAAGGGAC